UCAGUCGGCGAAAUGACGUGCCGGAGAGCGUUUCCGUUCACGUUUUUAACAGCGUUGGUGUUCUGUGCAACAUUCCGACGAGGUGCUCCCGCUGUCGCCGGAACCAUCGAAAAUAAGAGUGUCACUGAGAAAGCGCAAUCAGAAGGUUGCAUUGAGUGCGGAUAUUACAGAUGCCCAGAGAAUCCUGGAAAGUGCUUGUUAGGCUCCGUACCUGAUCCUUGUGGCUGCUGUCCAGAGACUGGUUUGUGCGCCCGUCUUCUUGGCGAACCAUGUUGGAACGCGAGCAUCCCUCUUCUAUCUCCAAAGAGCCGUAACGACGGAUAUUGCGCAAGAAAUUAUCUGUGCGAGUUGCGCUCCGAUCUGCAAGAAAAGGAUGCUCCAGAGGCAACCUGCGUCUGCAUGGAGCAGAGCCCAGCAUGCGGUAGCAACAACGAAACUUACUCGACGCCAUGCGCGUUGCACGAAGAGGCGAUGAAACUCAGGAACUCAUCUUCCUUGAGGUUGCAACACCUCGGUCCUUGCGAAAGUAGACCUUGGAUUCUAUCAACUUUGGAAGAUGUUGUUUCAUCCUUUGGUCAACGCGUCGCACUCAAUUGCGAGGCAAAGGGCUUUCCUGUACCAGAUAUCUUUUGGGAAUUUCAUUCGGACGACGGGAGAAUAGUGUUGAAAUUACCAGCAGAGCAACACGGGGCGACGGUACACACGAGCGAUGGUCCAGAGCCGCUCAUGCGAACAUCUUGGAUGCAAUUGCCUCGUCUGGACGAAGAACACAUUGGCAUGUAUUACUGCAUUGCUGUCAAUUCCAUAGGCGAAGCAAGCGCAUCUUCGUUCGUGUCUAUGUUGUGAGAUUGCGCUUUCAUCUCGUUUAACAAUCUUUCGCGUAACUGCUGUGUCCACGAAUACAAUGCGAUAAGAAAAACAAGCUAACUAAUACAUUUGAAAGGUUUAUUUUUUUAACAAACAAACACAUGAAGAAUUUCUCGCACAAAUGGUAGAAUUCUGAGAUCACGUGAGUCAUAGUUCAUAAAAAAUGUAUGAACGGCAGUCGGCUUUUAGAAAUCUGCUUGCAGUAAAUUAGAUACAAGUAAAACUUAUUUUGUACGAUCUAUA